UAAAAUUACAAAUAUUCUAGUAAAUUUACUCAGUUUUGUAAUAUUUACCUAGGUGAAUAAUACAGAAUUGACCCCCUGAUUGGUCCGUAAAUCACAUAAGGUAGAGAAAAAGAAAGCGCGAAUAAGACGGAGAAGACGCUAAAGGAGGAGGAGUAGAGAGAGAGAGUGAGAGAGAGAGAGAAAGAGGCAGCUUGUGGAACGCACCGUGUCCAUGUCCUUGCGUGCUUGUGUCGCGUACAGCGUCUCGAGCGCAGCCAUUACGACAGAGAGUCGCUCGGUGACACUUGGUGACGUUGUUGUGUGGUAACGCGAGCGCAACAAUAGCGUGAUUCGUUGUUGUUACUGCUGUUGCUGCUGCUGCUGCUGUUGCUGCAACGCUAGAUCACCUCGACGCCGCCGUCCAGGCGUAACGCAGCGUGAGUGCACGUGUGCGCACGCGAGACAGAACGAAUUAAACCGUACGCCGCCAACCAACCGUUGUGUCGUCGGCUGCCGUCGGUACCGGCGCUGCUGCCACCGUAGGGUUGGAGAGUGAGAAGAAGGAAGCGCGGAAGCUACCGAACGUGACUCAAAUGCGCACGACGAGUGUCGUGCAUCGUGCAUUGGUAGAAGUUGCACAAAACGAAGAAUUCGAUUUGCAAUCGCCGACUGGUCACGGCGAUUGGACGCAUCAGUACACGAGUGUGUGCGCGUGUACGUAAGGUGAGAAAAGUCGAUCGAGAAAGGAAAGAGGGUAACGCGACAUAUCAUUCGCCACCAUGUUUAACGUGUUCGGCUCUGUAAAAGGGCUGCUCAAGCUUGAUUCUAUAUGUAUCGACAACAAUGUGUUCCGGUUACACUACAAGGUCACCAUGGUCGGACUUAUCAUUUUUUCCCUGCUGGUGACCUCCCGGCAGUACAUCGGCGAUCCGAUCGUUUGUAUCGUCGACGACAUACCACCGCACGUGAUGAACACCUACUGCUGGAUCUAUUCAACUUUUACGAUUCCGGACCAAACCGGCACCAUUGGUAAGGACCUGGUGAAUCCAGGGGUUGCCACGCACGUCAAGGGCCACGAGGAGAUCAAGUAUCACAAAUACUAUCAGUGGGUCUGCUUCUGCCUCUUCUUUCAAGCGAUCCUUUUUUACAUUCCCCGCUACCUGUGGAAGACGUGGGAGGGUGGCAGAAUCAAGAUGCUGGUGCUGGACCUCAAUUUUCCGAUGACCAGCGAGGACUGUAAGAGCGAUCGGCGUAAAUUGUUGGUCGACUACUUCAUCCUGAACCUGCACUUGCAGAAUUUGUAUGCGAACCGCUUCUUUUUCUGUGAAAUUCUCAACUUUGUAAACGUGGUCGGCCAGAUCUUUUUCAUAGAUUUCUUCCUGGACGGCGAGUUUACCACGUACGGGUCCGAUGUUAUCAGGUUUACAGAGAUGGAACCCGAGAAACGUAUCGAUCCCAUGUCUAGGGUAUUCCCGAAGUUGACUAAGUGCACGUUCCAUAAAUACGGUACGUCUGGCUCGGUGGAGAAGUUUGACGGACUUUGCGUGUUGCCACUCAACAUCGUCAAUGAGAAGAUCUAUGUGUUUCUUUGGUUCUGGUUCAUCAUCCUAUCGAUCCUGAGCGGUUUCAGCCUGCUCUAUCGUGUAGCAGUGAUAUUUGCCCCAAAGCUGCGUAUGGUGCUGCUGCGAGUACGCUCGCGUCUCUCGCCGCACUACCAAAUCAAGAUCAUCAGUGACAAGUGUCAAUUUGGCGAUUGGUUUGUCCUGUAUCAGCUCGGUAAGAACAUCGAUCCGCUAAUCUACAAGCAACUCAUCACCGAUCUCGCGACCAAGCUCCAGGGACCAUCCCGAGACUAGAGAUGAGAAAAAGAGACUGAGAAGAAGAGAGAGAAAGAAAGAGAGACAGCCAUACUGAUUUCGUGGACACAAAAAUUUAUUACCGUACAAUAUCAAUUUUUGAGUUUAUAUUACGUAAAAUAUGUUAUGUAAGUAGGUACAUUUUCAAAAAUAUGGAUUUUUUUUAAUUUUUAACAUUUUGAAAAUUAUUAUUUUAUAUUUAAAACAUGUUUUAGU